GGCAUCUAUGUGUUACGCAUGUUCACAUAAGAUGCUGUUAUCGAAGGCUGCAAACCAUUUGAGUUGUCUUUCAUUGCUCUACAAUUACUUCCCUUGGGCAUAUAUAAAUUAAGUGCCCCGGAUUAAAUCAACCUUUUCCAUUUAUAACUGCUACACACAGGUUGGUGUUCCCCUAUUUCAUAAGAAUUUGUAUUUAAUAUCUGAAUUUUCAAAUACACUAAACCUCAAAUUUGGUUUAGCACAAUUGUUUAUUGCGUUUAAUUGAUAUAUUUGUCAUUUUUAGUACAUAAGAUGUAACGAUGGCAUAGGAUUGUUUGUCUAAUUUACUUGUGUCUCUGAUCACCGGCCAUGCUGGUUUCCUCAUUACAUUUUUUAAUUUUUUUUAAUUGAUCAAACAUUGAUUGUUAAAUUUUCUAGACAUUUUGAUACAGUGAAAAGUACGUACAAUGGAAAACGAUUCGAAUUAAUUACUUUUAUGAUUCAUUACCAAUUUUAAUGGGGGGGGGGGGAUUAUCGUACAAAUCAAAAGGAAUUUAUUAAUUCCUUUUGUUCGCAUGCAAACUAUUACAGAUAUAUUAAUUAUAAAAUUAUCCCUACAAGAAGCGAAUUAGUAGCGACUGGCGUUAGUCAGACUGAAAUUUCUGUACAAUGUAAUGGUUAUAUAUCGUGGUCAUUAUAUAUUUACGCGCGAGCUACACUCGCAGGACUUGGCGACUGACGUCAUAAAUUCAAAUCGGGAUCGAGAUGCGAAAUUUUUAGCUACUGGGGUUUUCAUGGAUAACACGUUGAGUAUUUUUUACCUUUGCAUGCCUAGUCAAUACCCUGGUGCAGUUACCUGGACUAGAAAUUAUCUUAUAUCUGUUAAGUUGAUUUACAAAAUAAUACAUAGCCUCUAGCAGUUACGGGAUUUCGGUCAAUUCUUUCCUAUAAGCAAUAUUCAUUACCCCGGACGAAAAGCUAGAGAUCUGUAUUAUUCGAUCUUCAUUUACCGAUAUAUGUAGGUACAUGUAUAUGAUUUAAAUGAGUUGAAUUUUCAUUGAGGGAAUCAUUGCACAAGGCGGUCAACUGUCAUGCCACGCAAACGACAGACAUCCGACCAACCACCCAAAAGGGCCAAAAGGGGGAGACGGCCAAGCUAUGCCACCGCCUGAUCCACAACCUGACAAGGAUAAAAGUCGUCAAUCGAUGGAGACCCCACAGUACCCUUCUCAUUCCCAGUUAAGUUUACCGGCCCCGCUGCAGGGUACAGAGGACCAACACAAUCUGCAGAUUCCACAGCAGCAUAUACAGACAAUCUCACUUCCCCCACAGCAGAGCCCACCAGGGGUACAGCAGCCAGCAGAAGAUGAACAGUUCAUUUGGAUGUUUGGGUCAUCUAUCAUAAAACGUGCACAUGUAGAGUCAUUACAUAGGCCUGGUGGGACCAAUCUCAAUUUAGAAAGGAUAAAAGUUUCAUUGUGGUGGCAGGGUUAUGGAGGACUCGAAUUGAUCAAAGCCAUUAACAAGAUAAAGACCCUACGGCAAGUAGGCCCUUCCCCUACCGCCUUGUUAAUCCACUGUGGCGGUAACGACUUGGGUAAAACUUCUGUGAGAAAAAUAAGAUUGGCAAUAAAUCAAUUGGUUCAUUAUUUAAGACAAGAAUUUUGUAGUGCACACAUCAUAUGGUCUCUUAUUUUGCCCAGAAUUGCCUGGCGAUACACACAAAACACAAAAGCUAUGGAGAAAGCUAGAAAACGAAUUAAUUCCUUUAUUCAGAGUAGAGUGUGCGAGGUUGGGGGUUCCAUCAUUCACUACCCUGACAUAUCCGACCAUCCUCAAUUUUUUCAAUCCGAUGGGGUACAUUUAUCACAAUUGGGCAAUCAAAUAUUCUUGAAUACCUUGCAAGGCGGGCUGGAAUCUAUCAUGAAAUUCAAGGCCCAAGUUUACCCUCCACUAUAAGUUUUCCCACACGUAACCUGACAGGGCACGGCUGCCGCUCUUACCCCCACCCAAUCGGUGGCGGAGACCCAACUGAAAGGGCUUUGAUGCAAAGCUCUUGCAGUUGAGUCUUUUGGCCCAACGAGCGGCUUAUUAUGGACAUGUGAAAUAUAUGACAUUGGAUUUGAAAAUUCGGCCUUGAUUUCUGCUCCUCCCAGGCUUAAGGCCAUGUUUGUUUGAUGUGUUUGAAUCUCGACCUUGACCUCUGCAUAUCCCAGGGUCAAGGUCAUAUGUUGAAUUUGUUUUUGAAUUUGACCUUGACCUCUGCAUCUCCCAGGGUCAAGGUCAUCCCUAAUUGAUGUUGACAUUGAUAUGAUGCUUUUGAGGCUUGCCAUUUGUGUGAGGCAGCCCACAAUUUGAACUUGAUUUGUUUGCUUUUAAUACUUUAAUCAGCCGUGCCCUUUAUCGCCAAAUAAAAAUUAUAAACACGUA